AUGAAGAUGGCCAAGGGCCAAGUGGUGGGGAAGCUGUCGCUGGAGAACUUGGGCGCUUACAUCCCCCCCUUCCCGGUGGCCUUCUCACAGGACGGGCGGCGGAUCUUGUUUUGCCUGGACAGCUGCAAUGUGAAGGUGGUGGACGCCGACUCCGGGGAUCUGGUCAGCCUGUGCCAGGGCGGAAGGCACCACAUCACUUCCGCAGGCUUCUCUCCAGAUGCGCUGCAGGUGGUUGUGUCCUACUACGAGCCCUCGGCCAAAGUCUUCUGCGCGGCUUCCGGGCAGUGUGUCCAGGAGCUGGACCACAGCGACGUGGUCUCCCUUGCGGCCUUUGCAUGUUUGUCCGCCGUGGCUGACAAGAAGCACCAGUCCAAAUUCGCCAUCUCCAUUGCGAGCCAAAGAUGCUACGCCGAGCGCCACGGUUAUGAGUAUACACUCAUCGACCCCUCCGACUAUCCGGCCUGCGCCAAGUUCCGGGACUUCUUCUUCCGGAAGCAUUGCGGGGUGGCACGCUUCUUGGAGACCCGGCAGAAGGACUACAUCCUGUUUGUCUUUGACGGCGACAACCCGGUGGUGUGGAUGGACAGAAGUUUGGACCACUGGCUGAAGGAAGUGUCGGCUACGGAUGUGGUGCUUUACGAACGGUGGAUGAACAAUGAGAUCAUGGCGGGGAACUACGCGGUGAGAAACUCCGCCUUCGGCUUGGAGUUCCUGGACGGCUGGGCCGCCUUCGAGGAGGAGCUGCCGAGGGGCGGCUACCACUCCUCGGACAACGGGGCCAUCCACUUGCACCUCUUGCGCGCCCUGGGCUUGAAGAACGAGAAGCCCUGCAAGGAGCACUGGAGCGGCCUGGGCAGCGACCGGAACACCAUGGACGAGUACUUUGCCUACGUAGCCUGCACCAGGCUGGUGAUGGGCGCGCCGCGGCGCUGGAAAGUUGCAGGCGAGCACCGUGUCACCAUCCUGCCCCGGGGCCAUGCCUGGGCCAUCGAUGGGGGCGACGCCGAUAGUGCUGUGAGCUCGGUGGGGGCGAUCUCCCACCACGGGCAGAAGACGGAGUCCAACUACCGCCAGUACUUCUCAGAUGCCUUUGUCGAUGGCGGGGGCAAGAAUUGUCAGGCCAUGAUCAAGGACGGGUUCUACGUCGAUGCCGCAAAGUACGGCGAGGCCCUGUGGGGCAAGUUGAAGGCCCGUGCGGACGGGGCGCUGCUGGACUGGACGCGGCAGCAUGCGCCUCCCUGGGACUGGGUGUACCUCACCUGCAUGAAGACGCUGACUUGCCGACCACUGGAUGACGACGAGCAGCUCCAUGUGGUCAUACCCCGGCCGGCGCAGUCCAAGCUGCCCUUCGUGCGGGUGCCCAAAAGUGCCAAGUUCGAGGUGUGUGCCGGCGAGUGGGAGACCUGCAAAUGCAAGGGCUUCGUCUUCUUCGGCACGGAGACCCGGCGCUCGCCGGUGGUCCGCGUGAACGACAAGAUCGACUGCCGCGCGGACAACUUUGAAGGCGACCCGGCAGUUGGGGACAUCAAGAAGUGCCACUGCGCGCUAAUCAACCACGGUGAGAUCCACCUCUUGCUGACCACGGCCAAGUGGCAAAAGAAGCUGACGAGCGGAGCGAAGGGCAAAAGGGUGGAAGCAGCCGCCUUGUGCCAGCGGCUGGGGCUUCUCAAGCAAACAGUGGACUUCGAGGGCCUGGGCCAGGUGGCCGUCUUCGACCCCGCGCUGCUGCACAAGGCCCAGCGCGUGCUUCAGAUGGAGACCUACACGGAGGUGAGAGAGAUGGCCCGGGUUCUGCUGAAGAACUUCGAGUCCCUCUGCAAGGUGCUGGUGCACCUCAACGACGACCAGGUGAAGCUGGAGCUCAAGGAGAACGGUGAGCUGACGGCAGCCAUCCUCCGCCUAGAACAGGUGUGGGCAGAUUGCCAGUUCAUCCUCCACCAGGGCUGCCUGGACUUCAUCGAGCUCCUGGAGCGCGAGGUGCUGCCCCCGCUGAGCCCCAGGCUGAAGUGGCAAAUCCGUGUGGCCCUGGAGGGCUCAGGCAAGCAGACGCAGAACCCUGCGGAAUUGCAGGACCUGCAGGAAGCUCGGGUGGCGCUGUACCAAACCGUGCCCAUGAUGGUCUACGUGGAUGAGCUCUGCAGCGAUGGCGACGGCAAUCGCCGCAAGGUGCGCUUCACCGAGCUCUGCUGCCCACAGGACGAGAGGCACCACACGCUGCGCCGGGACUUCGGGAAGUUCGAUGAGAAACGCUUCAAUGAGUUUCGCAGCUUUCUGAUUGCAGAGAAUGAGAAGAACAAGAGUCAAGGCCGGCAGACGGACUUCUUCCGACUGGUCUACCGCCAGCUGAAGGCAGUCUCCGCCUUCCCCAUCCAGGCGAAUUUGUCGGAGGCCAUCCUUGCGGCCUCCAAGGCCCAGGCGGCGCUGAAGCAACCGGGGCUCAGCGAUCGCGACAUCGCAGAGGGUCAAAGGCAGCUUGAGCUGCUGGAGGGCGGCGCGCGCUGGCUUUGCCUUAUGCUGAAGGUGCAGGCUGUGGCGCCUCAGCUCUUUCCUUCGAAGAAGCCAGGGAGCGAAAAGGUUUCGAAGAAGGAGUCGCAUAGUCAUUUGGACAGGGCCGCCAGCCGGGGCCGGCGCGUGUCAGUCUCCGUGGCCUUGAGCCACGGCUUAAGCGGUGGCAGGCGCGGCUCAAUCUCGCACUAUGCCUCCGAGGCCCAUUGA